AUGAACGCCAUGCUGCUCCUCGUAAAGGACUCCAAAAAAGAUCACGAGUGCAGUGUGUACAUGCAGCAGCCCUACAGUCCUGAGGGAGCCCAGGCGCUGAACGUGGCCUCCUGGACGCCCCACCGAGGCCUCACCCUCACCUCCAGCCUCCCGCUCUUCCCUGAUAAAUUCUCAAGGCUCUCCAACAAACCACAGCUUGUGGUUGUCAGUGAAAGUUAUCCAACACACGAAGCAGUGAUGGUGGACGACCCCAAGGUGCCAGGAAGAAAAGUACUUUGGUUCUUCAGUCCCUUUGCCAACGUUCUCCAACUUCUGGCUGACACUACAAAUUUUACGUACACAUAUGUGAGACCUCCGGAUGGUUUAUGGGGCUCACCGAAGACGGACGGGUCCUGGUCUGGCAUGGUGGGUAUGGUGAGCAGAGAGGAGGUGGACAUUGGUCUUGGUCCCUUUACCAUUGGUAUUUUGUCAGCGAAGGAAAUGGACUUCACGUGGCCAGUGACAAUAGAAUCCGAGACACUCCUUGGAGGUCGAGGUCGGCUGGAGGUGAACCCGUGGGGCUUCCUCUUCCCUUUGGAGCCACUGGUGUGGGCGACCAUCUUGGUGGCCCUGCUGGUACUGUCUUUGACGGUGUUCCUCAUGUCCUCAUGCACUUCCAUUAAAACUCUGGCCGGAUGGAUGGACGACAUAUUCAAAUUCCUGUCACUAAUAUUAAAUCAAGGAAUUACAGAACGGGAUGUCUGGUGGUGGGAGCGGGUGGUGAUGGCGGUGUGGGGGCUGGUGACGGUGGUGUUGACACAGAGCUACGCCGGCAACCUCAUGGCUCUCCUGGCUGUCAGACACAUCCCUCAGCCCAUCCAGUCCCUCCAGGACGUGCUCGACCACCACUCCGUAACUUUGCUGGUUCAGAGUGGCUCCGCAAAAGCAGUAUAUUUUACUACUGCGGAGGCAGGAAUAUUGCGAAACGUCGCAAAUCUACAGAAAGUGAAUCGCCUUAAAUUCAUCAAGACGUCAGAGUUCCUACGAAGCAUCAAUACACUUGUUAGGAAUGGUCAUCAUAUACUUAGCGCAGCAGAAUCUUUGGAAAGAGCUGUGAUGGCCCAAGACUUUUCACGAACAGGUUUGUUAUUCAGUCCUUUGAGUAUAUUACAUGCCAUAUGA